AUGUCGGACGUAAAUGAGAACACUGAAAAGUAUUGUAAAAAGUGCGAUCGUACUGAUGUGGAGGAAGGAAUGGUGUGUUGCGAUGUGUGUGAAUCGUGGGAACACUUUCAGUGCGCGGGUGUCAGUGAAUCCAUUGCAGAAGUAGAUAGAAGUUGGAAGUGCAGUGAUUGCCUGGCAAAUUGGGAAGGUGCAUCGAAGUCUGGUGUAUCGUUCAACGAGUCGUCUGUCAGCAAAAGUAGUCGAGUGUCGCAGAAAUUGCAACUCAGCCUACAACUUCUCGAGGAGCAACGGAAACUAAAAAAGAAGCGAACGGAAGAAGAACUGCGCAUACGAAAGCUGGAAGAAGAAGCUAAGUUAAAGGAACUAGACGAGGAACAGGAAUACCUGAGGCAAAGGUACGAGUUGUUGAUGCAAAUGGGAGAUGCAAAGGAUUCAUCGAGUAGGAAAAGCGGAGUCAGCGUGAAGAGUAGGCGUGAACGGAUGGAGAAAUGGCUUAAUAAGGGAGCCCAAGUGGACGGAGUUGGACAGUCGAAACCAUCAACGUCCGGACAGAAAGCUACCCUGCCAGUCCCAGCUGUUAGCCAGACGAAUUCAAGGGUCCUUGUGCUACCAACAACAACAGAUUCUUCGAUGGUGGAAACCUCUACCAAUCUGGUUCCUUUGAAUCAGGGUAUGCUGUACCCGGAUCCGACGAUUCCAGUUCCCGGUGGCAACGUCACAGCUCUGGCGAAGUCCUACGAGUCCUUGGCAUUAUCAACGAUACCAGGAAGCACUUCAUCCUCUCUACCCAUGUUUUCAACGAUUCCAGUGACAGUAGUAGCAACAGCUAGUGGAAGCUUUGUCACGACUAUAGUAACAGCACCGACGGUUACUUCGUCGCUAAUUUCAACUUUACCAACGAUUACUAGAGUGCCUUUGACGGGAAUCCAAAAUCCUCCUAGCAGUCUUGGUACUACACCGGUCUACUCGUAUCCUGGAAUAAAUUCAAUGUUCUCGAGUGCUGCAGGGUUGAUUCCGUCAAUUCCGUAUGGUGUGAAUGGCUUCUAUGGAAAUCCACAACAGCAUUUGGCUCAAACAACUACUAGCUCUUUGCCAUAUUUUCCAAUUUCGAUUUCUUCUAAUCCUGUACCAGCCAUUCCUGGGAAUCCACCAGUUCCCUCCACGGCUGGUUUGUUCCAGUUUUCACCCGGAUAUCCACCGUUGCUUCCUACUUCAACUACUGCUAGUUUGUUUCCGGGAAUUCCAAGCAAUCCUGGUGUUUUCCCCGGGAAUUCAGUAUCGUUUCCGUAUCCAGCAACAAGUAUUGCAUUUCCAGUAACGAGGUCGGAAGUAACACCGUCAGUAGUACCAACAUCGCUGGGAAUCGACGGGACUAGGAUCAAUCAUUCAGUCAAUUCGACAGGACCAACUAGUGCCCAAUUGGCAGCUCGGCAGGUAAUGCCACGAGAGCUACCCAAGUUCGGAGGGGAUCCGGAGGAGUGGCCUAUCUUCUAUAGUUCGUUCAAGAACACGACGGAGGUCUGCGGAUACACGGACGCCGAGAAUCUAGCCAGACUGCAGCGCAGUUUGGGAAGCUCAGCAUUGGAGGCAGUUAGAAGUCGUCUGCUCCUACCCGCAUCUGUUCCGUACGUGAUGGAAACGUUGCAUAAGCUCUACGGAAGGCCAGAGAUACUGAUAAGUUCUCUUCUGAAGAAGGUGAGGAACGCUCCGCCACCGAAGUCGGAUAACCUGAGCACCAUUGUCACUUACGGCUUUGUUAUUCAGAAUCUCGUCGAUCACAUUAUUCUGACAGAUCAGCAAGCGCAUUUAUCGAAUCCGAUGCUGCUACAGGAGUUGAUCGAUAAAUUACCCACCUCGCUGAAAAUGCAGUGGGGAUCCUUCAAGCAGGCGUUCGUUCACGUCAACCUGGCGACGUUCAACAACUUCAUGUCGGGACUGGUGAAUCUAGCUUCCGAACUGAGCAUUGGAGUGGACUCUGCCCAAAACUACCAAAAACAGCCUAGGGUGGAAAAGACGAAGCAAAAGGAGAAGCUGUUCACCCACGCGAAUGAGCCGCCAAGUGUAUUGAAGAAGGAGAGUCCAGAAGGAGAACGUACGUCAAAAGCGUGUUCCUACUGCGAGAAAGACGGCCAUCAGAUCCUGAACUGUUUCAGUUUCAAGUCGUUGGACAUCGGAGGCCGGUGGAAGGCAAUGCGGCAGAAGAACUUGUGCCGAUUGUGCUUGAUACCGCAUCGUAAGUGGCCGUGUCGCUCAAAAAAGGAAUGUGGGGUGGAUGCAUGCCGUUUUCGACACCAUAUGCUGCUGCACAGUAGUCGCAACGAUGCUGCCGACGGCGCAAAGUCAGGCGAGACUGUUCACCAUAAUCAUCACCACACGAAAUCGUUCUCUCUUUUCCGUUAUCUGCCAGUUACGCUAUACGGGGAUGGGAAGCAAGUCGAAACUUUCGUGUUCCUGGAUGAUGGAUCGUCAUCGACGUUGCUAGAAGAAGGAAUCGCAGCACAGUUAGGUAUCGAAGGUGAACCAGACAACCUGUGGCUGAGUUGGACCGGAAAGAUCAGUAGACACGAAAAGACAUCGAAGAGGUUGAGCGUGAAGAUAUCCGGUGCUGGGAAGAAGGAAACUUUUCAACUGAGCAACGUACGAACAGUACACGAGCUAGGACUUCCAAGUCAAACGUUGCACUACACAGAGCUGUCAAAUACAUUCCCGCAUUUGCAGGGGCUUCCCGUGGCCAGCUAUGUCAACGCCAAACCGGGCAUGAUCAUCGGUCUUGAGCACGUACGGUUGCUGACUAGUCUGAAGAAUCGUGAAGGCAAUAGCAGCGAACCAGUAGCAACCAAAACACGAUUGGGAUGGUGCGUGUAUGGGAGAAACAACGGAAGCGAAGGUUCAAUUGAACAGCUGAACGUCCAUGCCUGCGAGGAGAUGAGUAACAGCAAUCUACACGAUUCAAUGCGAAAGUUCUUCGCCGUUGAGGACGCCGUUGUGACGAAGCAGCUUGAAUCCGAGGAGGACAAACGAGCACGCAGCAUCCUAGAAGCAACAACGGUACGGAGAGGAACUCGUAUGGAGGCGGGUUUGCUCUGGCGUAAAAACAACGUAAACUUCCCGGAUAGCUUUCAAAUGGCGGUAAGCAGGUUGAGAGGUUUGGAGAAACGGUUGGCAAAAGAUCCAGAGCUGCGCAGAAGAGUGAACGAGCAAAUCGAGAGCUACGAACAGAAGCAGUACGUCUGUAAGGUGUCGUCGGAAGAGCUGGAGAAAACGAACCCUGAGCGAGUCUGGUUCCUUCCGUUAGGGGUGGUAACGAACCCCAAGAAACCGAACAAAAUCAGAAUGGUGUGGGAUGCUGCUGCAAAGGUCGGUGGUGUUUCAUUCAACGACAUGCUGCUAAAGGGUCCGGAUCUUCUCGUAUCACUCGUGGAAGUUUUGCUACGAUUCAGGGAAGGCAAGAUUGCGGUGUGCUCCGAUAUCCGCGAAAUGUUCCUGAGAAUCCUGAUUAGGGAGGCAGACAAGUGGUCGCAGUGCUUCUUAUGGCGUAGCAGUCCAGAGGAUGAAGUGCAGGUCUACGUAAUCAAUGUAGCGAUGUUUGGGGCAACCAGCUCUCCGUGCACGGCGCAGUUCGUUAAGAACAAAAACGCUCUCGACUACGCGGAACUAUAUCCCAGAGCAGUAGACGCGAUCAUCAAGAACCACUACGUGGAUGACUUCCUCGACAGUGUCAACUCGGUGGAGGAAGCAGUACAGCUUGUCAAACAAGUGCAAUUCAUCCACGCAGCAGCAGGCUUUGAAUUCGGCAAAAUCCUGUCUAACUCGCAGGAUGUGCUCGAUCGUCUAGGGGAGACUGAAUCGUCAGCCUGCAAGUCGCUGAACCUAGAUAAGGAUGAAGUCUACGAACGCGUCUUAGGAGUGGUGUGGGUCCCUUCGGCGGAUCAUUUCACCUUCGAUCAGACAGGGCUCAAGGAAGUUUUGGGCAGCAACGGGGUGGUUCCAACGAAAAGGCAAGUUCUACAGACCGUGAUGAAGCUGUACGAUCCGUUGGGAUUCGUUGCGCACUUCGUCGUACAAGGCAAAAUCCUAAUGCAAGAGAUCUGGCGAACGGGUACCAACUGGGACGAGCCCAUAGAAGAGCAGCUACACGAUCUAUGGAAUAGAUGGAUCGAACUAUACGAGACAAUCAAUGAAGUGGAAGUUCCUCGUUGCUUUUUCGGGAAUCUUCUGCCGAAGGAAGUUGACGAAAUAGAAAUCCACGUGUUCACGGAUGCUAGUGUCACAGCAUGUGCAUGCGUAGUAUACUUGCGAUUGUCGGUCAACGGAGGUAGCUGGUGUUCGUUGGUAGCAGCAAAGACUAAAGUCGCACCACUUCGAGCGCUCUCAAUUCCUCGCCUGGAACUUCAGGCUGCCAUGAUGGGAUCACGUUUGCUGCAAAACGUUUGUUCGGCGCUCACUCUCAACAUUCGGAAGCGUUUUCUAUGGACGGACUCAGCUACUGUUCUGGCGUGGCUUCGAUCGGACAGCCGCCGAUACCAUCAGUUCGUAUCUUUUCGGGUUGGUGAAAUUCUUUCGCUCACGAAUGUGGAUGAAUGGCAUUACGUACCCUCAAAGCUCAACGUGGCUGACGAUGCCACCAAGUGGAAUUCGGGGCCAUCGUUCGAUCCAGAUAACCGUUGGUUUCAAGGCCCACCAUUCCUACGAGAUACAAAAGAGCAGUGGCCAAGAGAAUCAGCAGUAUUAGUGGCCGAAACGGAUGCGGCAAGUGAAGAACUUCGUAUGGUAGCCGUACAUCAAACGGCUGACGAGGUAGUUGUCGUUGAACGCUUUUCGAGAUGGAGUCGUCUAGUCCGAACGAUGGCCAACGUUCACCGUGCGGUAAGGAUCUGGAAGCAAACUAUGUACGGAGAAAGUCGACGGCAAGGCCUCGAUCGAGAUGAUUUCGUGAAAGCAAAGGAGACACUUUGGCGCCAGGCUCAAGCGCAGGCGUAUUCGGAGGAGGUUCACGAGCUAACAAAUGGUCACAGCGUUGGAAAACGAAGUUCACUGCACUCGCUGGUUCCAUUUUUGGAUGAAAACGGGGUCGUUCGGGUAGGAGGUCGAAUCGGAUGCGCACCGCACAUUCCAUACGCGGCGAAACAUCCCGUUGUGCUGCCAAGAGAUCAUCGUAUCACUUUCCUUUUGGUGGAUUCCUUUCACCAACGGUUCCUGCACGCCAACGGAGAAACAGUCUGUAAUGAACUACGGCAGGAGUUCUACAUACCCAACCUUCGGGUGCUGGUACGAAAAGUUAGCCGAAGUUGUCAGCACUGCAAGGUCAAGAAAGCAGUUCCUGUGCCACCACUGAUGGGGCCACUGCCGAGGGUACGCCUAACACCAUUUAUUCGGCCGUUCACGUACGUCGGCGUGGAUUACAUGGGGCCUUUCGAAGUCAAAGUGGGUCGCAGCGUGGUGAAAAGGUGGAUCUGUCUAUUCACCUGUCUCACUAUACGGGCUGUCCACCUAGAGCUGGUCCACAGUCUUUUAUCGAUCGCCUGCGUUAUGGCGUUCAGGAGAUUUGUAGCCAGACGGGGAGCACCGUUGGAGGUAUUUUCGGACAAUGGCACAAACUUUGUUGGUGCCAAUCGCCAGUUAUCAGAGGAGAAACAGAGGAUCCAGAACAUCAUUGAGGACUGCGCCGCCACAUUCACCAAUGCAAAUACCAAGUGGCAUUUCAACGUUCCGGCAGCUCCGCACAUGGGAGGACCAUGGGAGCGUAUGGUCAAGUCCGUGAAGGUGGCGAUGAAGGCUAUUCUGGAUAGUCCACGACAUCCGAGCGACGAGGUGUUGGAGACGAUUAUGUUGGAUGCGGAAGCUAUUGUCAACUCCCGUCCACUGACCUACGUUCCCUUGGAAGCACCAGACGAAGAGGCACUCACGCCAAACCACUUUCUGCUGUACGGAUCAACCGGCAUCAAGCAACCAGCAACCGAUCCUGUAAACGGAAACAUCCUGCGAGACAGCUGGAAGCUUGCGCAGCACAUCGUGGAUGAAUUCUGGCGCAGAUGGGUGCGGGAAUAUCUCCCGAUGCUAACGAGGCGAACGAAAUGGUUCGAGGCGGUAAAGCCGCUGGAACCUGGUGAUCUAGUCGUGAUAGUCGACGAGCAUUCGAGGAAUCGAUGGGAGCGUGGACGUAUUUUGGAGACCUUUCCGGACAAAUCCGGGCAGGUGAGGCGUGCUACGGUGCAGACAGCUAGGGGAGUGUUCGCUAGACCUGCGGUGAAGCUAGCAGUUCUGGACGUUAAGUGCAACGACAAGAGGACAGAAAAAGUCGCUGCGGAUACGGAAGUGGUUCACGGGUCGGGGAAUGUCGCCGAUACCCCUCGUUGCGGCGAGUUGUUGGUGAACCAACUGACCGAACCCUCGCGAGCGAAACGCCAAUGCCGGAUAAAGUGAACGGAAUGACAGAGGUAGUAAACAAUACAUAGACAUCGAAUAGUGAGCAGCUUUGAAUUGUUUUGCACUUCUGCAUAAGUUCUUUGUAAAUUUAGUUAAGUGAAUUGAAUAUCCAUCGCUAAUUAUUAAAAGUCCGCU